UUACUAUGUUGACUAAAGAGACAGAGAGACAAGAGGCCAUCCUAUGACUGCAGUCACUACCCAAAUGGUGUAAGAGAGCAAGGUAGAGUGAGGGAUUGGAGGAGGGGAAUAGCACAGGAAGGAAGGGAGGGAUUGGACGACAGAGUUGCGAGGCAAACCAGGGAUCACAUGAGCAGGGAUCUGUUUACAAACUGAAACUGUGCGGCUGGGAAAGAGAAGCAGAGCAACUAACUUUCCUGGAGAAUAUUCCAAACAACCUUUACCUUGAACCCAAGACCCUUGUGUUUUUGGCAUGGAUAUUUGAAGAAUGAGCUGAGGCCUUUGUUUUUUCUACUUUCUUGAUGGAAGGAUUGAGAGAGCAGAUGGUUUUAGGUGGAGAGAAAAAAUACUCCCCCACAUAGGCAGACACACACACAUAAACACUCUAGAGAUAUAGCAGCUUGAUGGUGCAAAGAAUUGUGUAUGUGUGGCUGUGUUCUUUGUUUCUUUGAAGGGCCUGUUUUCAGUGAAAGGGAUAUUGCUCAAAACCCUCAAUUUUUAAAGAGACAUCGCAGAAGAGGAACUAGAAUAAAGAACAAGGACAUCAAAGAUGGGCAAGGCACACCAAACUCUUUUGCAAUAAGGCUUCAAGGGAAAACAAAGGCAGUUUUCCUAGGGAUUCUUGCUGCAGAUUUUCAUGAAUUACUCAUAUUUUUGGAUUUUUUGAGAUCACUAACAACCAUACGGAGGAAUUAUCAAGGAAUUCAUUUACUUUUGUAUAUGACAACACAAAGCAAUCAGAUUUGAAGUGCCAUUCAGCCGCAUAUGGACUCAUUCUCGAAGACAAGAGGAAUAUCAAGGGCAAAUUAUGCUUCCUUUGUCUUCGUAACAAAGCACCUUGUGCAUAUUCACAUCACUGAAGCCAAAGAGUGUUUGAAAGCUUUUGUUCUUCAACAAUGGCAUCAUAAAAGUGGAAUAAAUGAAGCUAUAAUUGAGCUAUAAUCAAGAGAGCACACUCUUUCAGUUAAGAGAUGAUUUUUAGACCCACUAACCUACAACUGCUUUGAGUGCAUUGCAGAACAUUGUUGUGAAUAAGGUUGUGGUUGCAUUCCCAGGACCCCCGCAUUGCCUGUUCCUGACAAGCACUGAGUUGCAGCACCAGUGCUUGGAGUCAGAUUACAUGCAACCAUUACAAUGGUGUAACGGCUGCCUCUGUGGUCUAGGACUGCAGCAUUCAGACUGUGAUUUGUCAGAAGAAGACAUCUAUCACCUACCGCUCAACAUGUAUGUCAUUGUUCUGGGCAUAGGCAUGUUCAUCUUCAUGCUCGCAGUACUAUUCUGCUGCUAUCUGUUCAGGUUGAAACAGCAAGGCACAAGUGAGCAGUACAGCUACAAUGAGGUGGUGUUAAAAGGUGCUGGAAAGAAGUUGAGCCUGCUGGGACAACCCUGUGCUGUAUGUCUAGAGGAAUUCAAGACCAGAGAUGAACUGGGCGUGUGCCCGUGUUCACACACCUUUCAUAAGAAGUGCCUGCUAAAAUGGCUUGAGAUCCGCAGCGUCUGUCCGAUGUGCAAUAAACCCAUAAUGCGUCUACAGAGUGCCGACACCCCACGAGGAGCGGAGGGGCUUCAGGACCCCGAAGAAGUGUGACCCCAAAAACUGUAUGGCCCAUGGUCAGAUUAACACUCUCUAGUUCUGCAAACAUUGGAACAUAUAUGAUCUGCCAAGGCUCUCCAUAGCCA